AUCAAAUAACAAACAGGAUUCCAGCCUCUUCACUAAAACGGAGAAGGUUCGAUAUUCCUCAAAAUAUCAAAUUGGUUGAUCCUCAAUUCCAUGUUUCUUCAGAAGUUGAUCUUUUAGUAGGAGCCGAAGUAUUUUGGGAUCUUUUAAGUGUGGGACAAAUCAAAACUUUGCACAACCAUCCCACAUUACAAAAAACUCGUUUAGGGUGGAUCUUAGCCGGUCGGCUUGGUGCUCCAGUUCAUUCUACUUUAAAGUUGCAAUCCUUUCACGCAUCAAUAUCCAACGAUCAAUUGCAUGAUCAAUUGAGUCGAUUUUGGCAAUUAGAAGACAAUCUAACAACUGCAGCUAAUUACACUUUUGAAGAAACUUAUUGCGAGAAGCAUUUUCUGAGCCAUGUAUCUCAAAACCAUGAUGGUAGAUACAUAGUCUCUCUUCCUAUUCGAGAGAAUGUUAUCAACAAACUCGGAGACUCCCGGGGCAUUGCUUUGAAACGAUUAAAAGGUAUCGAAAGGCGUUUUAAACGAGAUCCAGCACUAAAAAUUCAAUACACACAGUUUAUCGAUCAAUAUUUGUCAUUAGGUCAUAUGCGGUUAAUUACCUCGCAACCAGUGUUGG